UUUUUCUAAAGUUUGAAAACACGCUGUGGCCGUUCUCUGGAAUUAUUGCUCACGAGCGUUUUCUGAGAACAUGCUCUUUGUAUUCUACUGCUUCGUUCUCGUCGUUUUGGCUUCCCUAAUACCAGAAGGACAAGGUAACUGCCGUAAUUUGAAGUUUACCAGUUUUCCUAAACCUGGCUACAGGUUGGAGAAUCACACGGUUCGAACUAUUGAAGUAUUCGACGAGGAUCUCUGCAUGGCGCAAUGCUACCUGGAACCUAACUGCGUCAGUUAUAACUUCCAUACGAUAACACAGCUGUCUGGAACACACAAGUGUGAUCUGAAUAACGCUACUAUUGAACACGAUAAAGAUCUGGUGAAAAACGAAAGUUAUAUUUACCGCGGUGCUGAGAAUGCUUGUGCCAGAAAUCCUUGCAAGAAUAAUGCAACAUGCCAAGCUGGGUUUACAGACAGAGAUUAUCAGUGUUUAUGUGUUCUUGGAUCUGGAUUUGAAGGCCAUGAUUGUGGUGAAGAUAUAGAUGAGUGUAUCACCAAAAAACACAGCUGCGAAGGCAAUACGACAUGCAAUAACACCAUCGGAUCGUAUAUCUGCAGGCGUAAGGAGGGAUAUCAAGAAAUUGAGACAAACUGUACUG